CGUCUGCUAAAUGACUAAAAUAAAAAUGUAGACAUCAGCGUUCCCACAAUUUUCAAACGCUCCGGGUCUGGUUUUCGAGACUAGUGGUGUUGGGUGAUUAUGGGCCCGGUCACUUUCACCUUAUUGUUAUUUCCACUGCUGCAGAAAGUAUCUGAAAGGAUUUGGAUGCAAAAAUAUUGUGAUGUUUACAAAACUACCAGUUAAUAGACCAUAGUGGAAUUUGCGCCAUAAUGUGUCCAUUGUUUUCCUUUCAAAUGUGUAAACAGGAGAGUAGGAACUAGCGAAGGGAAUUGGGACUGUGUGUCACACUUUGUUUCCAAACAGUGACGCCUACUAGUAUGACAUGUAACUAAUAUUGUAUUGAUCUAUUAAACAUUGUUGACACAUUGUUACAGUGUAACUUCAGCGGAAAUGUUGCUAUUUGGUAGUGCCUAUUGGAAUGUAUCUAGUAAUGCUGCGUUAUUCGGAUAGGUAUUCACAUUUCUCUAGCAAAAUAAGGUCUUAAUAAAGGUGAAUAAAUAAUGGUUUUAAUGACAGGCCUUAAAACUUCAAUAAUUGUUCAUUUGGAACAAACCAAAAAUAACCACACUUUUUUUCUUCCAAAUUUAGAAUGUAUCAGCAGGGGGGCAUGUUGGGUAAAGAUCUCAUUACAACUCCGUGAAAUGUCGGCGACACACGCAGUGUCCCAGACUUGACCAGGCUAAAUUAUCAAACCAUUUAAGCGUUAGGUGUUUUACAUCGCAGAUCGAUAUCUCAUCAGAAUCCACUUGGUGCCCAUAUCGCAUAUCAUAAUGUUGAAGUCGGAUUUCCCUCCAGCCUAUGAAGAUGCAUUACAUGGCCGCAGGCCCGGGUAUGGGAACUACCCACAGCCCCCACCAGCAUAUGGACCAUACCCUGCUCAGUCCUCAGCUCAAUACCCAGGACAAGCAGGGUACCCUCUGGGCUACCCUCCAUCUGGGAUGCCUUAUUCCAUUCCUCUAGGAAUGCCCACCUCCAACCCAGUGGAAGACGAUGAAUUUGCAUAUUCUACUGCAUGGGAAAGCACUUCUAUUCGACAUGCAUUCAUCCGAAAAGUGUACUUAAUUUUGGCUGCUCAGCUCAUCGUCACUGUAUCAAUUGUGGCUGUGUUUACAUUUGUUGAUGAAGUACGUGCGUUUGUCAUUAGGAACCCAGCCGUGUACUGGACAUCAUUCGCUGUUUAUUUAGUCACUUACUGCAUUCUUGUCUGCUGCAAAGGGCCAAGGAGACGCUUUCCUUGGAACUUUGUGCUGCUGGCCAUUUUUACACUGGCCAUGUCCUACAUGACAGGAACAAUAUCAAGUUACUAUGACACAAAAGCAGUGUUUCUGACCAUUGGAAUAACAGCAAUAGUGUGCAUAAUUGUCACCAUCUUCUGCUUUCAAACUAAGGUGGAUUUUACGUCUUGUGGGGGACUUUUCAGUAUUCUUGCCAUCGUACUCUUGGUUACUGGGAUCAUCACAGCCGUCGUACUAUCCUUCAAAUAUGUCCCAUGGCUUCAUAUGCUCUAUGCUGCUAUCGGAGCUGUCAUUUACACCCUGUUUUUAGCAUACAACACCCAGCUUCUCAUCGGAAACCGCAAGCUUUCCAUCGGCCCAGAGGAGUAUGUUUUUGGAGCACUUUCACUUUAUGUUGACAUUGUCCAGAUCUUCAUUUUCCUCCUACAACUAGUUGGGGCUUCCACAGAUUAAAGGCAGGAGGAUGAUGCACAACCUAGUGUGGAUGGAUCCUACUUAUAUUGUAAUUUUUCAUCUCAAACAGUUGCUGCUCAUACAUAACUGUAAAUUAUGCUUAUUUUUUAGUAUUUUAAUGCCAUUAACAUAACCCUAUGAGAGUACUGCAAACUUUCAAUUAAGAUUGUUAUAUAUCUAUAGUAUAUUGACUUAUUAUUCCCAGAAUGGAUGUUGGUUAUGUGAUGAUUUGGUAAGUUAUGAAUGCAAUAUGCAUACAUGAUUGUCUGAAUCGCAUUUGAUUUUACCUACAUAUUUGUUUAACAUAUAUUUAUUGUCCUUAUGUUGCCUUUGUCCUUAAGCCGUAAGAAUGUAAAACAUAAUUAAAUAAUUUAUUUUCAGUCCUUUAUAUGUCAAAAUGGCUGAAUAAACUUUCCAUGUAUGCAUCUAUUGGUGGUGCUAUAUUUAAGCAAUAAGGCCCAAGGGGGUGUGGUAUAUGGCCAAUAUACCACGGCUAAGGGCUGUUCUUCGCAUGA